GUCUUUUGGAGUUGUCUUAGAUCACUGUAUUGCUGAGAAGAGAGACUUCUACAGAGUGCUGAGGUGGUGAUCAAGCAAACAUGGAGAGAGUGAGGGAGUGUUUGAAUCGGGAAUACUACUCAUGGAAGAUUAUCCUAAGUAUGAUGUUCUUACUGACUUUCCUCUUUAUAGGACUGCAUAAUAGUGAAAACCUCAAAAGAACAGGAUUAUCUCACAUUGCCAGGCAAUUAUAUGAACUAUCUGUACAAUAUGGAACUAAACUCUACAAUUACCAGGCCAGAAUUCGUAUGACUAAAGACAAAAUAGAACUUCUGAAGAAGGGAAGCCGCUAUUUGGAAAAAAAUUCCAAAGAAAUUCUGUCCCUGACUAAACAGAUAGAUAUCCUGAAGGCUUUACUCAAAGAUAUGAGAGACAAACUGGACAACUACGUUCUGAAUGCUAAUGCAGAUGUCUUUGGAAAGCCGGAAAUCUCAGAUAUCACCGAUGAGGAAAUGUCCUUGGUGAAUUAUAUCCUUAAAAAGUUCAGGGAAGAUCAAGUUCAGAUGGCUGACUAUGCCCUCAAAUCUGCAGGUGCCUCCAUUGUUGAAGCAGAAACUUCGGAAAGUUACAAAAAUGAUAAAGCAAAACUAUAUUGGCAUGGGAUAGGAUUCUUACGUUAUGAAAUGCCACCUGAUAUUAUUCUUCAGCCUGAUGUCCAUCCUGGGAAGUGCUGGGCAUUUCCAGGUUCUACGGGUCAUACUGUAAUCAAACUUGCCAGGAAAAUCACACCAACAGCAGUUACCAUAGAGCACAUCUCAGAGAAGAUUUCUCCCUCAGGAAGUACUGCCAGUGCUCCCAAGGACUUUUCUGUUUAUGGACUCAAAGAUGAAAGUAAAGGAGAGGAAAUCUUCCUUGGUCAGUUUGUGUAUAACAAAAAAGGGACCACUGUUCAAACAUUUCAGCUCCAGAAUGGAGUUUGUGAAUCCUUAUCAUAUGUGAAACUGAAAAUUCUGAACAAUUGGGGUCACUCCAAAUAUACAUGCUUAUAUCGAUUCAGAGUCCAUGGAAAGCCAGAAAAGGAUGACUUAGGAGUCUCUUAAAAAGAGCAAGGGACUGACUGUGGUGAUGUAAAAUGGCAUAUCUACCAAGUCAAAACAGCCAAAGUCCCUAGAAUCAAGUAAAUGGGAUGAAAGCUUCAAAGAGGAUACUUCAUGAUUGCAUUAAAAUAAUAAGUUGGUUUUCUACAGUUAGUGAAUGUUGCUUAUAAAAAUGUUUGGAAAUUAA